CUUGCCGGGUCCCGCAGUUGGUGCGGUCCGGGCCGGGACAAUAUGGCUACGGUAUUUCGGCCCCUGGAACAGUUGCGAGCGCCACGUCCUUCGUGGCAUCCCGGGGUGACAGGCUCAGGCUCUGCCUGCGGCCGCUGCACUCUCGGAGCUAAAAGAUACCUACUCACAGACAGCAUUGUGAAAUUAAAGGAAUUCCAACAAAAGAAAGUGACUAUUGCACGUAACCUUCCCAGUACCAAAGCCAUCUACUUCAGAAGCUUGGAGGAGAAGUUGACCCAGAACAAGCUCAUCUUGAAGGAAGAGUUGAAAACAGUGCUUCACCUGUGUCAGUCCCGGGACGAUGUGGAACUGGCGAAAAGUGUCAUUUACAGGUACCACUCAGAGAACAGAAACUUCACUGUGGGGGAAUAUAAGUUUGGACCAGUUUUCAUGAGACUGUGCUACGAGUUGGAUCUUGAGGACUCUGCAGUAGAACUCAUCAAAGACAAGCACUUACGAGGUUUCUUCCUAGACUCAACAUCAUUCAAUAUUUUGAUGGAUAUGUUAUUUACCAAAGGCAAAUAUGAAAGUGCCCUGCAAGUUUUGAUUGAAAUGAAAAACCAAGAUGUGAAGUUCAGCAAAGACACCUACAUCCUUGCUUUCGCUGUUUGCUACAGACUGAAUAGUCCGGAAUCUUUUAAAAUUUGUACAACGUUAAGAGAAGAAGCCCUAAUUAAGGGAGACAUCCUCCCCAGGAGAGCAUCGUGUUUUGCGGUGGCAUUGGCUCUGAAUCAGGACAAGGUGGAAAAAGCCAUGUCCAUUUUUUCUCAAAUCAUGAAUCCAGAGAGUACAACCUGUGCUAACUUAAAUAUUUUAAUCCAUGUCCGGUCAAAUAUGUUGGAAAGCCUGAUAAAGAUCUUACAGGACAAUGUUGAUAGAAACGUAUCCAUAUUUGUGAAAAGACACAUGUUCUCAGAGGAAGUGCUGGCCAAAGUGAGGGAGAAACUGAAGGACAGCCUCACCCUCACAGCCAAAUUUGAUGAGGUCUAUGGGAAGCUGCACAUUAAUGGCCAGGUCACCGAUUGCACUUUGGAUGCUAUGCUCUGCCACGUGCCCCGGGACAAGAAACCCAAUGCACUGCUGUUGAAGAAGAGGACUGUCAGCCAACGGACCUUACAACCUCUCAGCCAGUCCCUGCUGACUGAGUAACUGUGUUUCCAACCUCAAGGUCUGCAGGCGCUGCUUCGGUGAAUCGUUGGCUUCUCCAAGAUGCCAGGCAUCUCACCUCAGAGGCACCGUGCUAAUGCCUGGUCUCCUACGUCCCGAGUUCCCCGAGUGGGGACUUGCUGAUCAGAGAGAUGUGAAGAGCUAGCUCAAGCAGGAAGCAUCGUUACCACAGAAAGGCAGCUUCCCCUGUGUCAGCCGCUCCAGAGUAAGGGCCACGCCAUUAGUGCAGCCAGCACCAGAGGGAAACUCGGGAAGUACCUGCAGAAGGAAUUUCCCGUAGCCUGCUCGACCUUGACUGACCUUUCACAGAGAAAUCCCUUGCAAGUGAUAGCCUGGCUGAAGUCGAGAGAUCUGCAACCCUCUUCUACUGUGGUGGGAAUGGCCAAGGCCUUCUCUCAUCUGCCAUCAUUUUUCCAUCUACAAAACAGUAUUGCCCGUGUGUACUUGGACAUUCUCAUUCACGGUUCAGUAGCGUUAAUCUUUCUCCAAAAUAAGAAAUAAAAGAUACCUGAACAGA